AUGACCGAGUCGCACGAUCGAGCGUUGAGGCCGAGGUUGUCUUUUGUGCACCGCGUCUCGUCGCCGAAAAGGAAAACACUUCUUCCGGUUGAGGAUGGGCGACAUUCUCACUUGCCGGACAGACUGAAUCCGUCGAAGCAAGCGUGUUUCUUUCGCAAAUCGGCCUCAGCUGGCUACUUCAAAGUGGCUUGGAAACAGACAACAUUUGCGCAACGUUCAAGUGUUUUGCAUACUUUUGCCCAAAGUAUCCCAGCCGGCCACUUUUAA